AUGUCUGAUGACACCGAAAAGGGCGACUAUCCAAAGGACAGCAUCACUUUUCAUCCAGAUUAUAACGAAGAGGAAGCGGACCUAGUUCUUCUCUCGACUGAUCGUCAAGGAUUCCGCGUACACACUCUCAUAGUAAAACUCGCCUCGAGUAUGUUCAAGACGAUGAUAGAAGCGGGGCCAGAGAAAGCAUCGCAUGAACCUAUUCAGAUACAGGAGAACGGCAAGAUUGUCAAGACGCUAUUGGACAUCAUCUACCCGAACAAGCUGGAUCUUUCGAACGACGUUUCGAUCGACUUUCUCAAGGAAGCCUGCAUGGCAGCGGAGAAAUAUGACAUGCCGGUCGUACUGGACAGUUCACGACGUCAUUUACGUUCAAUGAUCGACAAUCAUUGUCCACUAUCUGCCUUUGCUCUCGCAUCGCGAUAUGGAUGGGAGGACGAGCAACGACUCAUCUCAACGGCCACGCUCUCUCAAAGCCUCUACAUUCCCGAAUCUAUCUCUCUUCUCCAAAGCGUUCCAUCUAGUGGCGUGCUGAAGCUUGUGCAGCUGCAUAAAUCACGAAGGGACAUCCUAUUCGAGUCCUUUAAUAUGACUCAAGCACCAGGCUCUCACUCAAUCCAAUGGGAUGUAGUAAUGCCGCAAAAAGGUUCUUAUUGCGGGUCUUGCAGAGACUUACAGGCUGUAUUCAAACCAUCCUCCUUGGCAAUACUACAGCUGUACAUUCUUCAGGAAAUGGAACGUUUGCCCAAUGGCUCAUCAAUUAGACUCCAGAAGUUUUGGGACAAGGACGACUUAAAACCAGCUUGGAACAUAUCUUGCUCAAGCUGUGGCAGAAGUCGCUCAAUAGACAAGCAGAUGUUGAAGGACGAGGUCAUUAGGGUUUUAGGCGAACUCCCGAAGACAAUCUAG